AUGGGGGUUUCUAGUGCUGAUUGGGCUGUGAAUUAUAUUCAUUCACGCAUCUGUGCACUAAAGAACUCAUCAGUGAUAAUGAGCUGCACUUUUACAUACCCGACUAGACAUCAGAUCAAGAAAGUGUUCUGGACCAAAGACAAUGUAAAAGAUAUUGAGCCAACAGAUCUGUCUAAGGACCCUGAAUACAGUCAGAGGCUUCAGUAUCUGGGAGAUAAACAGCAGAACUGCACCGUCAGACUGAGUCAUGUGACAAAGAAAGAUGAACACCAGUAUUAUUUCAGAUUCAUUACUAAUGUACCAAAUGAAAAAUGGACUGGUAAACCAGGAGUGCAUCUCUCUGUCACAGAUCUUCAGCUGGAGUCUCCUGAGAGAGUGACAGAGGGAGAUUCAGUCCGUCUGACAUGUAACAGCAGCUGUAAACUGACUGACACACCAACAUUCAUCUGGUACAGAAACUCACACACAUUGACUGAAGGAACUACUGGAGACAAACUCAUAUUAAUUUCAUUCAGAGAAGAAUAUGCAGGCAGAUAUAGAUGUGCUGUAGAUGGACACACACUCACAUCACCUGAGGUCUAUCUCAAUGUCACCUAUCCUCCAAAGAGCGUCUCAGUGACCAUCAGUGGAUCUGCUGUAAUAAUGUCUGGAGAUUCAGUGACUCUGAGCUGCAGCAGCGACUCAAACCCUCCUGCAGAAAUACACUGGUUUAAAGGAGAAACAUUUGUAGGAUCUGGAAGAAUCUUAAACAUCUCCAAGAUCAGCUCUGAUGACAGUAAAAAAUACAAGUGCAAGGCCAAAAAUGAUCAUGGAGUGAAAUACUCUGCUGCUGUGACUUUAAAUGUUCAGUGUGAGUUUAUGAUGGUUCAGUAA